AGUGCAACAAAAGUACGAAAAAGGAAAAUAGUAUGUAAAACUCAACACACGAAUCGUACGUUUCCUCUCUGAACCUCAGUCUUUGUGCACAUUACCGACAAUAAUUCUCCAACACUCGCAACGGAAACAAUAAAAUAUUCCCAGAAAAUAAAAUUAUAGAAAGCAAAAAUAGAAAAGCGAUUACGGAUUUUCCGUUGAAGUUCAAAUGCGAGCUUCUCCUUCAAAUCCAAAUCCAGACACCCUUUGAGCCAAAAAUCUUGUAAAAAUGUCUUCCCAAAAGCAAGCGCUUUUCAUAUCCUCACUCGUCAUCCUCUGGUACUCCGCUAAUAUCGGCGUCCUCCUCCUCAACAAGUUCUUGCUCUCAAACUAUGGCUUCAGGUUCCCAAUCUUCCUCACAAUGUGCCACAUGUCAGCCUGUGCCGUCCUCAGCUACAUUUCCAUUGCCUUCCUCAAGCUCGUGCCCCUCCAGGCCAUCAAAUCUCGCUCCCAGUUCCUCAAGAUUGCGACUUUGAGCGUUGUCUUUUGUGCGUCUGUGGUGGGUGGGAACAUUUCCCUCAGGUACCUUGCGGUGUCCUUCAACCAGGCUGUCGGCGCCACGACGCCCUUUUUCACGGCGCUGUUUGCAUUUUUGCUGACUCUUAAGAGGGAGGCUUGGGUCACCUACGCUGCUCUUGUCCCAGUUGUUACUGGGGUUGUGAUUGCUAGUGGGGGUGAGCCAGGCUUCCAUUUGUUUGGAUUCAUUUUUUGCAUAAGUGCAACUGCUGCAAGGGCAUUUAAGUCUGUUCUUCAGGGUAUCCUACUUUCUUCUGAAGGGGAAAAGUUGAACUCAAUGAAUUUGCUGCUAUACAUGUCACCAAUUGCAGUUCUUGUUCUAUUGCCUGCAACACUUCUAAUGGAGCCCAAUGUCUUAGAAGUUACUCUGCCGCUUGGAAAAGAACAUAGAUUCAUGUGGCUGCUUCUUUUGGUUAAUUCAGUGUUGGCCUAUGCAGCUAACUUGUCAAACUUCCUGGUGACAAAACAUACAAGUGCACUAACGCUUCAGGUAUUGGGAAAUGCAAAAGGUGCUGUUGCUGUUGUUAUCUCAAUACUCUUGUUCAGAAAUCCUGUCACCGCUGUAGGCAUUGGUGGGUACACAGUAACUGUUUUGGGGGUGAUUGCAUAUGGAGAAGCAAAGAGGAGGUUUAGAUGAAUGGUUUGAGGGUGGUGGAAUUAUUACAUGGCCGUAGAUUCUUGUUGAAUAUUGUUGUAUUUAGGAAGAGAGAUGGAGAGUGUGUAAUUUCAUGUGGUCUUUGUAUUAUUUAUUCUUGUGUGGACAAACACAUAUUCUUCUAAUCAUUUUAUUUGUGAUUUUUUUGGUAAUAACAAUUCAUCAUUUUUCUUAAUGAAGCCGAGUAUUUAAUGUUCAA